AUGGGUGGAAAAUAUAGCAAGUUAGAUCCGAUGGAAGUUGAAGUUCCGGAUAUAAAAAAAUUGUUGGAUAGAGAUCCUUAUCUGCAUCCAUAUGAGAGGGAAAUUAGAAGAAGAUAUGCUUGCUUCAAAGACCUCAGUGAGUCAAUCGAAGAAAAUGGCAAUGGCAUUGAUGAAUUCACCAAGGCAUAUAACUAUUAUGGAGUCAAUGUUCAACCAGACAAUUCGAUAGUUUGUAGAGAAUGGGCCCCUGGGGCCCAACAGCUGUUCUUAGCAGGGGAUUUCAUUCCCGAUAUCCCAAUGGUAGGUAUUGAAUUCGGAACAAACUCUAUGUAUUUAUUUUUUUCUUCAGAUAAUUGGAAUAGGGACAGUCAUCCAUACAACAAAAAGGAAUAUGGAAAAUGGGAGUUGGUGUUACCACCCAAUUCAGAUGGUUCACCUGCUAUCAAACAUUUGUCAGAAAUCAAGAUUGUGGUACAAACAUACGAAAAUACAAAGGAAGAUAGGUUGUCACCUUAUGCAACCUAUGUGGUAGAACCACCAAAAAGUGAAGGAACUAUCUACAAACAGAAACUUUGGAACCCUCCAAAAUCAGAGCGAUACACGUUCAAGAAUCAGAAACCGACUCGCCCGAAAAGCUUGAGAAUUUACGAAUGUCACGUCGGCAUAGCUACGUCCGAAUUGAAAGUGGGCACCUACGACAAUUUCACCGACAACGUUCUGCCCAGGAUCAUCAAACAAGGUUACAAUUGCAUCCAGCUGAUGGCCGUCAUGGAGCAUGCGUACUACGCCAGCUUCGGAUACCAGGUGACGAGCUUUUACGCCGCAUCCAGUAGGUACGGAAACCCAGAACAGCUCAAGCGUUUGGUGGACAGAGCACACGAGUUGGGCUUGGUGGUCCUGUUGGAUCUAGUACAUUCACAUGCUAGCAAAAAUGUUAUGGACGGGCUGAACCGAUUCGAUGGGACUGAUUCAGGUUACUUCCAUGCUGGCCCUAGAGGUGAACACUCAUUGUGGGACUCUAGACUGUUCAACUAUUCAGAGUUCGAAGUCUUACGUUUCCUCUUAUCCAACAUUCGAUGGUACAUGGAGGAAUACCAAUUCGAUGGAUUCAGAUUCGAUGGAGUCACAUCGAUGUUAUACCACUCCAGAGGCAUUGGUCAAGGAUUCGGCGGAUCAUAUGACGAUUAUUUCGAUAUGAGGGUCGAUACAGAGGGAGUAGUUUAUCUAAUGUUGGCCAAUCACAUCGUGCACACUCUGUAUGAGAACGCCAUCACGAUUGCCGAAGAUGUGUCGGGCAUGCCUGGUACUUGCCGGCCAGUGAGCGAGGGAUGCCUGGGCUUUGACUAUAGGCUAGCCAUGGCGAUUCCAGAUAAAUGGAUCGAAAUAUUGAAACAUGUUCCCGAUGAGAAUUGGGACGUUGCUAACAUUGUUCACACUUUGACGAAUAGACGCUGGAUGGAACCAAGUGUAGCUUAUGCCGAAUCACACGAUCAAGCAUUAGUAGGAGAUAAAACAAUUGCUUUCUGGUUGAUGGACAAAGAAAUGUACACGCACAUGAGCACCCUCUCCGACCAGUCGUCCGUCAUCGAUCGAGGCAUCGCCCUGCACAAGCUCAUCCGCUUCCUCACCCACGGCCUGGGCGGCGAGGCCUACCUGAACUUCAUGGGCAACGAGUUCGGCCACCCCGAGUGGCUGGACUUCCCGCGCGAGGGCAACGGCAGCUCGUACCAUUACGCGCGUAGGCAGUGGAAUCUCGUGGACGACGACAUGCUCAAGUACAAGUUUUUGAAUAACUGGGACGCCGCGAUGAACCACGCGGAAGCGAGGUAUGGGUGGCUGGGUUCCGAUCCGGGUUACGUCAGCCUGAAGCACGACGGGGAUAAGGUGGUGGUAUUCGAGCGGGCCGGCGUGCUGUUUGUUUUCAAUUUCCAUCCGGUCAAGAGCUUUGCUGAUUACAGGGUUGGAGUUGAGGUGGAUGGGGAGUAUAGGAUCAUUUUGAGUACUGACGAUAAGGAAUUUGGUGGCUUCGACAGGAUAGACAAAUCGGUGAAAUUCUCCACUCAUCCGGAGGGAUACUGUGGCAGAAGGAACUAUGUGCAGGUCUACAUACCUUCUAGAACUGCAAUAGCCUUGGCCAAAGUCUAA